AUGCACAUAGAAGGAGUGUACUGUUCUCAUGGAAUUAUUUUGCACUUGGGCGAACUUGUGAAUCUGAAAAUGUUGGGCCGACUUGGUAAGAAGCACAUGGACAUCGCGGCUUCGUUCAUGCCAUCAGCUGCCGCUUUCGGUGGAGCGGCGUUCACAGGGCUCCUGUACUUCACGGACUGGAAAGUGUUCGUCGCUUACAUCCCUUUCUACAAUACCAAGUUUCCUGCUGAAGAGGAGAAGUAA